AUGGAUGCGCAGGCGCCCUCAGGGGCGGAGGAAGGCAGCGAGCGGCUGGGGGGACCUGGGGGGCGUUUGUCGCGGCGUCGCUGUGAUCGCUAUCGUGGUUAUAAUGACGACUGCUUUGGCUCCCCGUGUCCCGCCCCGCCCGCAGGCGCCCCGUUCCAGUACAUCGUGGCGGAGAAGAGGGGCGCGCAGCGGAACGUGGGGCUCAUCCAGCUGCACCGGCCGCAGGCGCUCAACGCGCUGUGCGCCGCGCUCAUGCGCGAGGUGAAGCAGGCGCUGGACGCCUUCGAGAGUGACCCCCACGUGGGCGCCAUCGUCAUCACCGGCAACGAGAAGGCCUUCGCAGCCGGCGCGGACAUCAAGGAGAUGCAGAACAACACGUUCCAGCAGUGCUACAAGGCCGGCUUCCUCGACGAGUGGGACCAGGUGUCUAAGCUCCGCAAGCCGGUCRUAGCAGCCGUCAACGGCUACGCGCUCGGCGGCGGGUGCGAGCUGGCCAUGAUGUGCGACAUCGUUUACGCCGGGGAGAAGGCGCAGUUCGGCCAGCCUGAAAUCCUCCUGGGGACUAUUCCAGGCGCUGGUGGGACGCAGAGGCUGACCAGAGCUGUAGGGAAGUCGCUUGCCAUGGAGAUGGUCCUCACUGGAGACAGGAUCUCCGCACAGGAGGCAAAGGAAGCAGGUCUCGUCAGCAAGAUCUUCCCCGUGGACAAGUUGUUGGAAGCGGCCAUCGGCUGCGCGGAGAAGAUCGCUAGCAACUCCAAGCUGGUGACAGCCAUCGCGAAGGAGUCCGUCAACGCGGCCUUCGAGACGACGCUGGCGGAGGGCAUCAGGACGGAGAAGAGACUCUUCUACGCCACCUUUGCCACCGAUGACCGCAGGGAAGGGAUGACCGCCUUCGUGGAGAAGCGCAAGGCCAAGUUCACCGACAGCUGAGCCCGGCGUCCCCCUGGGGACAGYGGUCCCUUUGGUGCCCUCGGACCCCACGCUGCCCAGCAGCCCUCACCACGCACCUCCUUAACUGACCCACGUGCCUAAUCAGGGUGACUCUUGCCCUCCGUGGAGGAAAGGGGCAGAGUCCCCCAGCGCUGCAGCAYGCCGAGGGACUGGGGACCCGGCCGGGACCGAGGCCCUUCCUUCGGUGCGAUGAUCUGAACCAGGGCUCAGCUCGCAGCUCCUAUUAAAAGGCUUUCC